AUGCAUCCAACAGAGCGAGACCUCCAAGACUUAAAACAUGAUCUGGAGGCGCUCAGUCGAUUUACCUCAGGUCGAUGGCUCUGGGGUGAACAUCAACAACUUACAUGCUGCUAUGUCAAGUUUGACAUGCCAAACCUUUUGGAACUUGCUGCGUCUACCAUUGGAUCAAAAUCGUGUGUUCAUGUUGUUAAGAUUUCGGAGGGCCAGUAUAACAAAGUGCUUCUGCUUACCAUGAGUGAUGGGCGCGAGGUGAUUGCCAAACUGCCAAAUCCCAAUGCGGGCAGACCGCACUUCACUACAGCCACGUUAGAGAACUCUGUUGGAGCAGAGUAUAUCAUUAUGGAGAAACACCUCGGUGUGAUGCUGAGUGACGUGUGGGGAAGCAUGAAGAAGAAGCAGAAAACUCAGAUUGUGCUGCAAGUUGCUGAUAUUGAAAAAACUCUUGCUUCAACUAAAUUCACAAAGCUUGGAGCUUUGUACUACAAGAAUGACCUCCCCGCUACGCUCGAUACCACGAUACCGUUGUAUGUUGACAGGAACAGGAACAAGGUACACAGUGCAAAUUUUGGCAUUGGACCAACCACCAAUCGUUUGUUUUGUGACUUUGGGAGAGGAGACCUGGACACCGAUCGUGGACCUUUACUUCCCAGGGUCUACACCUGCGGAGUUCAUGAUGGCCAUUGCGUAUUGAGAGAUUGUCUGUGCAAGGGCAGGACUCAUAUACCCAUUGAUGCCAGAAUGUCUUUCCUACGGACCCAGACAAUACAAGCCGAGCACUUCGAAAAAACUCUCCGCAUUGAACAACUAUCUCAAAGUGGCGCCAUAUGUUCUACCAGAAAACAGAGCAACCCAUGCAUCAGUUUUAUGGCACAUCACAUGCUCCGGUUUCUGGAUUACAAUGGCCCGGCUCCUGGGGAACUGCAGCAAGUCUGUCUCCCUGCGAACUUUGACUCAAUGACUCCACAUGAACAGCAGAAAGCGAAGGCAUUGCAUUGCAUCAAGCACAGACACUACACAUUCUUUACCUGGCUCGAUUCUGUCAAGUCAACACGAAGCCUUCCAGGCCAUGCAGGGUCAGGGUUCACUCCGUCACCAAGUUAUUGUUGCCCCAGGGUUGACAUUAACAGAGUACGAACCAUGCCUCAGGAGCUUGCUGAGGGAUGUGGUAAAAGAGUGGCAAAAGAUUGUCGGCGUGGGAUCAGACGGCUUACCAUUUGUGUGCCAUGCCUAUUGCAGUUCUCGGGCGCCGAAGUCCAGCAGCAGGGACAGGACGAAGAGCUGUGGGCUCGGGGGGUGGAGCUCAUGAACAACUUUAUUAGUGACACCGGAUGUUUCAAACACUGGGAUGGCAGGGUCAGCGAUGCGGAUUAUGAAUUGUCAAAGAGACAACUGGCUGACGGGAUAGCGCGGGUUUUUGAGCCGUGAGGCUAGGAAUGAGGAGGAGCGCAAGGCGUGGCUCAAAGCCCUACCAUUUGUGGAUUACGAAGAGACUGAGUGAAAGGACUAUUUCUGUAUUUAUAUUGACCGAGGCUUUCCGACCCAUCCUGUUUCUUGAGGGAUACGUCGCUUGGAUGAUGCGCACUUUC